GCGUUGCCAAUGCAAUUACUCUUUACCACUACUCGUCUUCAUUUGUUUACUUUACUCAUUAAUUCAUCAAAAGAAAGCAUUAGAAUUGAUAAGAAUUUCAUAUUCUAAAGGCUUCCUCAAAGUCUUCUUACUACUUUCUUUGGCUGUUUUACUUCUAAGUUUUCAUCUAAUUCGCAUUUCUUUUCUCUCUUUUUCAAAAUUUGCUACUCUUUCUUAUAGCAUUCUUUAUUCUUUCUAUUUUUUGAAAGGGGUUUCUUCAAUAUUUUUGCCUAAUCAUUCCUAAUUUUUUUUCUUCAAACUCACUUAAAUUUAAAUUCUGAAAAGGACAUAUUAUUCUUCCCUUGAAGCUUAUUAAUAUCCCUUGUUAUCAUGUCCACAGAACUUCGUCGUAAACUGGUCAUCGUUGGAGAUGGUGCUUGCGGUAAAACUUGUUUGCUUAUCGUUUUCUCCAAGGGUACAUUUCCUGAGGUGUAUGUGCCUACAGUCUUUGAAAAUUACGUUGCAGACGUGGAUGUCGACGGUCGUCACAUUGAGUUAGCUCUUUGGGAUACUGCUGGUCAAGAAGACUAUGACCGUCUUCGUCCUCUUUCCUAUCCAGAUUCUCAUGUCGUCUUAAUCUGCUUUUCCAUUGAUGCUCCUGAAAGUUUAGACAAUGUGCAAGAAAAAUGGAUUUCUGAAGUUUUGCACUUCUGCUCCAAUCUUCCUAUCAUACUUGUCGGUUGCAAAAAUGAUUUGCGCAAUGAUCCCAAAGUAAUUGAGGAACUUUCCAAAACCUCUCAAAAGCCAAUUCCUUAUGAGGACGGCGAAACUGUCGCUAAAAAGAUUGGCGCCUAUAAAUACCUUGAGUGCUCUGCUAAACUUAAUGAGGGUGUGCAAGAAGUAUUUGAAACCGCUGCCCGUGCCUCUAUGCUGAAAUAUAAAGCUAACAGCGGAACAAAGACCAAAAAGAAGAAGCGUUGCGUUCUUCUUUAAACCUUCAAUGUUUUUCCAUCAACUGCCGUAUAAUUCGGCUACUAUUAUGUCUGCUUUAUCUAAUGUUAAUGAACUCAAACAUGUAUUUUAAUGGGUCCAUCGACGAUAAUAGUUUACCAUUACAUUUUUAUCUGCUUUCAUUAGCAUAAUAAUUUAUUCUUAUAAAAAUGUUUAACGAC